AUGAACUCCGAAGCGGAUAUUCCCACACGAAAACGAGCAAAAUCCCACCAAGAAUAUCUCGAAACAUUACACCCACCUUCCCCAGCAGAAAUCAAACGCAUCAGCAACGUGCAAAUCCACAAAGAAGAAGCCACGAAACGAAAAUAUGAAAGCGCUCAAGAAACUCACGCCGCAAGACUAAUUCAACGAGCAUAUCGCGGUCAUCGAGAACGAAGACAAUUGCAGGGAUUGAUGCUCACGCCUUCGACACGUUGGGUGGAAAUCAUCAAGGAAUGGAAAUAUCGAUCCGCGAUUGCGCCGCAUGAUACUCAUACUCCUAGUCCGAUUGAAUCAUCACGGGGUGGUGAGAAGAUGCGAGCGAGAGCGACUUCUGAUGUUGCGCAAUUACGAUGGCGACGAGCUACGCAGAUUGCUGAACGAGCUGGGGGAGGCGCGAUUACUCCUCCCGUGGUCGAUGCAGUAUCCCAGUCUCCUCCUACAUCUACUAAGAGGAGAUUUUCUGGAAGAAAAACUUCCGAGAAUAAUGUCGACAACUCAAUGCUUUUGGAUCUCCGGUAUUUUCUAGAAAUGGUCGAUCUCAAACAUCGUUACGGAGCGAAUCUGCAAAUCUACCAUUCGGAAUGGAGGCGCUCACCCACCACGCAGAAUUUCUUCGAAUGGUUGGAUCGUGGGGAAGGAAAAUAUUUGGAUCUUCCCAUGUGCCGUCGUGCGAAAUUGGAAAGUGAACGGAUCAGGWAUUUGAGUAAAGAGGAACGGAAAGAUUAUCUCGUGCAAGUGGAUGAUGAGGGGAAACUUCGCUGGGCGAAGAAUGAUUGUCUUAUCACCACCAGUAGUGAUCGAUAUCAGGAUUCCAUGGCGGGGAUUGUGGAGAGAGGGAGUGCGGAGUCUACUUUUGAUGAUGAGGAUACGAAACGCAGGUUAUCUGCUGAUCUGGGCUUUUCUAGCAAACUCGCUGCUAUCAACGGGAGGUACUUUCGCGGCACAGCUCCGAGUCAUUUGAGCGACGAGACAUCAUCUUCCGAGUCUACUAGCGACAGUGAUAUCGAAAGGACACAAACGGAGCAAGAUAUCGUCCAUCAAACCGCCACGAAAGACAGCACUCCACGGAAAAAAUUCCACGUCUCGCCCGCCACGAUCCUAAAUCAUCUCCUCCGCGCAUCCGUCCGACCGGGAACUUGGAUCUACGUCGCCGACACGCUGGGGAGAUUAUACGUCGGGAUUAAAUCUUCGGGGAGUUUUCAACAUGCUUCUUUCCUUUCGGGCGCGAGGAUUAGUUCUGCGGGAACGAUAGGGAUUGAAGAUGGGCAGUUGAAAUAUUUGAGUCCGCUGAGUGGACAUUAUCGCCCUACUACGAGAUCUUUCAAAGCUUUUAUGAAUUCUCUAAGGGAGUCUGGAGUGGAUGUUUCCGAGUUGAAAGUUUCGGGUGCGUAUGCUGUGUUGUUGGGGAUGGAAGUUUAUGGGAAGUCGAAGAAGGGGAUUGGGAAGAUUGUUCGGCUUAGAGAUGGGGAGAAGCGAAGGAGUAAAUCGCAGAGGAAAAGUACUAGUGAGAAGGGUGGAGAGAUGGAGUCUUUGGCUCCGUUACAGGAGGAUGCAUCGAUUGGUGCUGUGGAGAGGGUUGAGCGGAGUUGGGAAGCGGAGCAUGAGCAGAGGAGACGCUUGGGUAGAUUUCACAUCCAUAGGAAACGCUCGUCGACUGGGAAUUCGUCGCAGGGAGCGGAGGGUGCAGUGCGUGGAAGGUCGCCAUGA